UCUGUACUUUAAAAGCACUUUCAUUACUUUGGUCUCGGCUCUUCUCCAGGUUAAAACAAGAAAGAGAAUGGCUUACAGCGCAUGCUUCUUGCACCAGAGUGCACUUUCCUCCACCGAACGGUCACCUUCCUUCCCUUCGUCCCUUCGUCACAUGUCCUUCUCAAGACCCGUCCAUGUAGUAUGCAGAGCUCAACAGGUUCAAGAAGACGUUAACUCCGCCGUCUCCCGUCGUCUUGCCCUCACCUUCCUCGUAGGUGCUGCCGCGGUUGGAUCCAAAGUCUCUCCUGCUGAUGCUGCCUAUGGUGAAGCCGCAAAUGUAUUUGGUAAGCCAAAGAAGAACACAGACUUCAUGCCGUACAAUGGAGAAGGAUUCAAAAUAGAGAUCCCAUCAAAGUGGAACCCAAGCAAAGAAGUUGAGUAUCCAGGACAAGUCCUAAGGUAUGAAGACAACUUUGAUGCCACCAGUAACGUCUCUGUGAUGAUCACUCCUACAGACAAGAAAACCAUUGCUGAUUACGGUUCUCCUGAACAGUUCCUUUCUCAGGUCAGUUAUCUCCUUGGAAAGCAAGCUUACUUCGGCGAGACCGCCUCUGAGGGAGGGUUUGAUGCAAAUGCAGUAGCAACUGCGAACAUUCUGGAGACGUCUACACAAGAGGUUGGUGGGAAGAAGUACUAUUACUUGUCGGUUUUGACAAGAACAGCUGAUGGAGAUGAAGGUGGGAAGCAUCAACUUAUCACAGCUACUGUGAAUGGUGGAAAGCUUUACAUAUGUAAAGCACAAGCAGGAGACAAGAGGUGGUUUAAAGGAGCUAGGAAGUUCGUCGAGAAUGCUGCUACUUCCUUCAGUGUCGCAUGAAACUAACUAUAUCCAAAACAUAUUACUGGAAUGUUCUGUUAUUUUGUUGUCUUCUUCUCCAUCGUCUCAUGUAUAAAAAAUGGAUCAAGAAAACAAAACAAGCAUUUUAAAAGACUAGUGUGCUAAAGCUUUCGUUUUUCUUUUA